AUGCGAGAGGUGAGCGAUUCAAAAAGUGACCCCGAUGUGGCCGAGAGUUUGAAACGAUUGGCGUUUCUCGGGAUCGCGAUCAGCACAAUAGCCACAGUGACGGCAAUCGUCGGUGUCCCUUUGUUGUACAAUUACAUGCAACACGUUCAAUCGAGUCUCGGCGAUGAGAUCGAGUUUUGUCGACACAAAACCGAUGGACUAUGGCUCGAAUUCUCAAAGUUCGAAGCUGCAAAAGGCUACCCGGGUCGUUUAAAACGAGAGAAUUCAAGAAAGAAUUCGCAGAGACGGAAAGCAGCCGCUAGGGGCACAAGCACAUAUGUGGGACAGAGCUAUGAAGCUGCAGUUGAGAAUAGCCAACAAUUUGCACCUCAAUGCUGUUCUUGCGGUGUGGGGCCAGCUGGGCCGCCAGGUCCUCCAGGAUUUGACGGAAAUCCCGGCCAAGAUGGUCGACCCGGUUCUAAUGGACAACCCGGCCAUGACGCAGGUCCAAAUGACAUCCCAACGUCGGAAGAUUUUUGCUUUGAUUGCCCACCAGGUCCAGCGGGAUCGCCAGGAGCCAUGGGACCGCCGGGAAAAGCUGGAAUUCCUGGACAAGAUGGCAUUACUCCGCCCACUCCUCCGCCUGGACCCCCUGGCUUGCCAGGACCUCAAGGACCUCCUGGAUUUGAUGGACAACAAGGAAAUCCUGGUCAGCCUGGAAUCCCUGGACAGAUCAUUGAAGUACCCGGAACGGCAGGGCCACCUGGGCCUCCUGGACGACCGGGACCUGCAGGUCCACCUGGCCAUCCAGGACCACCAGGAAUCACACACUCGGGACCACCUGGGCCACCCGGAGACCCUGGACAAGAUGGGUUAGCUGGUAAUCCGGGACUUCAGGGUCCUCAAGGUGAACCUGGAUAUCCUGGACCGACAGGCAGCUGUGAUCAUUGUCCACCGCCGAGAACAGCUCCUGGAUAU